UGCCUUUGUACAUGUACAAAUCGUUGUUUGGAGAUGACACAUUCUCGGCCAGUUCAAAUCUUCGAUACGCGAGUCAUCUUCGGAUACGAUGACUCACCGAUGGUAAAUAUUCGUGCGUGCGCAAUUACUAUUCACACGAGUAUAAGCAGCCACAGAUGGUUGGAUGGAAACAUGUCAGGUGACAGAUACUUGAGGAUAUCUUGUCCCAGGCAGAGGAACUAUUGACAAAUUGAGGUAUAUUGCCUUCCCAAUGAUAAAACCCUUAGCUCUAACCAGUGCUCCACAACUCAUACGAGUGUAAAUUCUCUACACCAAAACGCUCGGAUGGAGUAAAAAUGCCUACAUCCGAGAUAAAGGAUGACGCUGUUCUUUCAAAUGGCAAGAUACACUCCCUACCUAUUACAAAGGAGUACGUAUUAUCGGAAUUGAACUUUGUGUUCGAAGGCAUCAGUAAAUUACCAGGGAGCCGGAUGUUAAACCCAUGCAACACCCUCCCCCCUCCCCCAGGGCAGUAGUGGAGAGGAGAAAGAAAAGGCUUUCAAAGACGAGCUGGAGAGAUGGUGUAGCUUAGGAAUCAUUGAGCCAGUCGAGGGACAUACGGAUUGAAUCACUAGCAUCGUGCCAGAUGCAAAACCAGAUGGCAAACGACGAGAUCCUCAUCAAGAGCAUGCCGAGCUCCACGGAUCGACGAUGUAACUGCCGACAGUACGGUCGAAGGCUCACAGUAGUCGAAGGCUAAAUCGGACUAUUGGAUGGUGGAGUUAGACUCUGAUAGCUCACUAGUAACAAAACAGUGGGUAAAUAAGUCUUUUUCGUAUUCUCCCUACACCGUGGAGAAAUACUCUCCGUGGCUCAGACUCUCAUUUGCCUUGAAAGCCAGUUCAGAUCUCUUUGAAGAGAGGCUGAAUUCUGUCAUGCAAGGGGUAAAAGGAAUCACAGGGUGUGUCGAUGACGUCUUAGCAAGAAGUGUAGAUUCUAAAGAUCACUAUAUGAACAUGUUCAGGUUAUUGGAAACAGCAAUCAAA